AUGAAAGCAAUGAGCCUCGCUAGCUUGCUAGUACUUUCAACUUUAGUCAUGGUGUCAGAGAGUCGGGUGGCGAGAAAGGACUUGGGUUUGGAUUUGGGUGGAGUAGGUAUCGGUAUAGGUACUGGAAUUGGUAUUGGACUGGGAGGAGGUGGUUCAGGGUCAGGGUCUGGUGCAGGUGCAGGAGGCUCUGGUUCUAGCUCCUCUUCCAGCUCCUCGAGCUCUAGUUCUUCCGGAGGAGGAGGGGGAGGAGCAGGCUCAGAAGCUGGCUCCUCUGCUGGUUCUCAUGCUGGAUCUGGUUCAGGAGGCCGGGGAGGCGGAGGUGGCGGCGGUGGUGGCGGUGGUGGAGGUGGAGGUGGAGGUGGUGGACGUGGAGGAGGGUCUGGUGAGGGAAGUGGCUAUGGGUCUGGGUCUGGGUCUGGGCAUGGGCGUGGAGGUGGAGGAGAUGAUCGCAAAUAA